AGAAAUUCAAAAUGGCGUCGGAUCCUGGUUUUGUCCCGACGGCUGUGAAUGUGGAAAUUGAAGGCGAUAUAACUGUGCCUGGUGCCCCAGAGGAAGACGAAGAACCUAGCACUCUAGAUGAACCUGUUUCUGUUACUUUAAAGCGAGAUUUGACCGCAGUUGGCAAGAAAUUCCUUCAUGUACUAGUUCCAAGACAAAGUAAAAGCCUCCUGCGUGAUUGGGAUCUAUGGGGUCCUUUAAUUCUUUGUGUUCUUCUGGCGAUGAUGCUGCAAGGCCAUACUGUGGUUGACAGUUACAGUGAUGGAGGACCUCAGUUUGCUGAGGUGUUUGUGGUGGUCUGGGUUGGAGCUCUGGUUGUUACAGUUAAUUCCAAGUUACUUGGUGGAACAAUAUCCUUUUUCCAGAGUGUUUGUGUUCUAGGAUAUUGUAUUCUCCCAUUGGAUAUAGCAUUGACUGUGUGUCGGUUGAUUUUAUUCACUAAGCAGACACUGGCUUUAUUUGCUGUUCGAUUUAUUGUUGUCAUAUUAGGAUUUGCUUGGUCGACAUUUGGUGAUGCCCAAGUCAAUGGUGGUGUUUGAAUUUGUAAUGGUGUUAUGAGGUGUUCACAGAUGCAUGAAAUAAUUGCAAAUGUUGUUUUAUAUGUGUACUUAGAUGUAAUUAGACCAUCCCUUUAAAAUGUUUCAUUUCUCAUAGCCUUCCCUCUCAAAAAAGUGAUUUGAUUGCUGGCCAAGAAUUGAAUAUAAACAAACAAAACAAGAAAAGAAAAAAAAAGGGAAGAAAAAGGAAUGAAAAUGCCAGGGAAGCCUAAAUCCAGGAAAAAUCCUGGAUGCUAAGUAAGAAGGCCAGGCUGUACUUUCUCAUGUGCAUGCUGAUGUUUUCCAACCCAAAUGUUUUUUAACUAUCAAAUGUUUUUAUGACUACUGAAUCAGACAUGAAUGAGUUUUUUUUUGCAAAAUAAAACCUUAAUGUGUUUUUUUAAUAUGUAAAGUAGGGAAUGUAAAUUUAGAAUAACUUUUAUUAUUUUUCACUUCUUCAAAAAAAAAAACCCAAAAAAAUACAAAUAGGGUCGUUUUAGCACAUGGUCAGGAAACAAGAUAUUUUGUAGCCUAUGUGGGCUGAUAAAAAAAUUGCUCCACCACUUGAUGGAAUUUUUACUUUGGGGAAAGUAAGCUAUCUAGCAAUCAUAAGGGAACACAUUUUCUUCGCAUGUCUGUAUAAAGUAACAUCUCUAAUGGAGGUCAAUGUUCUUUUGCAAGAAGGUCAGCUAUUUAACAAGGAUUUUUGAAACAACAACUUUGUUCUUUCUCUGUGUUCACUGUAUUAACUUCACUUUUUUAUUGUUUUGGUUCUAAAUAUAUAUAUAUAUUCUUUUUUUAUUGUUUUGGUUCUAAAUAUAUAUAUAUAUAUUUUCUUUUGUUUUUGUUCUCUUCUUCUUUUUUCUAUCCCUAGUUAUUUUCCCUAUACUCUGUGAGAUAUGAAAGAUUUUUCCUGAUCGAAUCACAA